AUGCUCUUUACCUAUCUCACAUUGGCAAACGCGCGUAUUCAUACUCUUCGCGUCGCGCAUCAAGAACGCGGCAUACUUACAUUGAGUUUUGAUCCCUCCGCACCUGGGAAUAGAAGUAUUCAGCUACUUGGUACUACUAGAGCCGGGUAUCAGCCCGGAUGGUUACAUAACAGGGGGAAAUAUCUGUACUCGGUUUCGAGAACACAUUUCCCCGACAAGUCAUCUACUAGUGGCGGCAUCUUCGCAUUCAAGAAGCUACCCAAUGGUCGUCUUGAGCUAUCUGAUGUAGUAGCAUCCCACGGCGAUGGCGGAGUCUACCUCGACAUCUCAAUAGAUGGUAAAACUCUAUCUUCAGCCAAUAUUGACGGCUCCACAGUCUCCAUACUUCCACUGACUUCUGCUGGCCACUUUGGUGAUGUUACUCACGUGUUUCAUUACAACCUCACACAACCUGGCCCUGGAGCUGGAGAUUCACAGAAGAUUUCCAACCCACACGCGGCCGUCUUCAGUCCGUCCGGCAAUAUCAUGAGUGUUCCUGACCGGGGCGCGGAUCGUGUUUACAUAUAUCAGGUGCACGGCACGAAGCGUGUCGAGCAGAUUAGGACCAUGACAUUGUUACCUGGAACUGGCCCGCGCCACGUUCUCUUCUCUAAAGUCAACCAAGAGAAAACUCUGAUGUUCCUGGUUUCGGAGUUGGAUAACACCAUCAAUGUGUUCUCGUUUGAACACGGCAGCGUUGGUCAUGGUGGCAAGCACCCUGACUUAAACGAAACCUUGCGUAUAACGCUUCUGCAAAGGGCAUCUACUCUCGAUGAUUCAAGCAAGCGUACAAAGCCCACGAAUGUCAACUUGGCUUCCGAGCUUGCUCUGUCGCAUGACAGGCGCUUCUUGUAUGUAUCCAAUCGUAACACGGAGUCAGUUGACGAGGUAGACACGAUUGCCAUAUACUCUUUAGAUGCACACGCCAAUAAACCACUGCAAUUCUUGGGCCUCAACAGCACUUACGGCAAAAUACCUAGGCAUUUCUCUCUAUCAUCUGAUUCUCACAACCAAUUCGUUGCGGUCGCAAACCAAGUCACCAACGAUUUGUUUAUCUUCAAAAGAAACCUCAAGACAGGUUUUCUAGAUCGUGUUGCUGGAAACUACAGUCUCGGAAAGCUAGAUUUGACAACAAAAACCGGCCCGAUGGCUGUUAUAUGGGACUGA